AUGGGGAAUUUACUUCCUACUUGGCUUGCGAAAACCACCACAACCGCAAAUGAGGGCAAGCAGGCAUUGAAAGAAGUAAAGGAAGGAAUUGACUUUCAAAAAGAAAUUAUUGAAAAAUUCUUUUCUAAAAAUAUUUCUGACUCUUUGCGGGAAAAACUUAACACGGCUUAUCAAAAAGCCCAAGCAGCCGAGAAAAUUAUUCCGGAAUUAGAAAAAUUAGCCCAAGAGUAUUGA